AUGGGACCCUGCAUUAUAGAAAUUUGCAAGGAAAAUCUUCAGCUUGGAAGUCCCAUUGAAAAUGAAGACCCUGAUUCGAUUACUGAAGAAGAUGAAGAUGACAAUAAAGAAUCUCCCGAUGGUAUUUUGGCUCCUUGGGAUGAUACAAUAUGGAAAUUUCUUCUAUUAUAG